AUGAAGACCAACCCUGCGGGCUCCUCCCUAGAAACCUGCCGAGCUGCAGGCCAGGGCGAGAAGGGCUGCCCUGUCUGCCAGGCCUGUGGAGGGGCCUCAGGCCUGGGGUCUGCUUCAGGGUCAGGGUCAGGCCUUGGGCCAGGGCCUGGGGCUGUUCUAGGGUCUGGGCUUGGGCCUGGGGCUAUUCCAGGACCGGGACCUGGUCCUGGCGCUGUUCCAGAUUCUGGCCCAGGACCUAGUGCUGUUUCUGUGACUGGGCUAGUACCUGGUGCUUCUUCAGGGCCUGCUGCUACUCAGGGACCCGCGCUAGGAGCAGGACCAUUACCUGGACCAGGAGCUGGGUCUGGACCCAGGCCAGGAACUGAGUCAGUACCUGGGUUAGUACCCCAGCGAGGAGCUGGGUCCAUACCUCAGCCAGGAGCUGGGAUAUUACCUCAGCCAGGAGCCGGGUCAGUACCUCAGCUAGGAAACGAGUCAGUACCUAGUCCAGGAGCUGCACUGUUACCUGGGCUGGGCCCAGGGCCUGAGACCAGACGAGGCUCUGGGGCUGGUUCUCACCCGUCAUUCACUGACAGUGAAUCAGUGACGCCCCCAGAACCAGCGCUACAGCAGAAGACACAGGCCAAACCCACACAGGCCCCCCGACAGAAGGUUCUGGUGACCGGAGGAGGAGGCUACCUGGGCUUCAGCCUGGGUUCCAGCCUGGCCAAGAGAGGCAUUUCUGUCAUCUUGCUGGACCUCCGCAGACCCCAGUGGCCACUACCCUCAGGAACGGAGUUUAUCCAGGCUGAUGUCCGAGAUGAAGAAGCCCUGUACCAAGCCUUCCAGGGGGUGGACUGUGUCUUUCACGUGGCCUCCUACGGCAUGUCUGGGGCUGAGAAGCUACAGAAACAGCAGAUUGAGUCCAUAAAUGUCGGAGGCACCAGACUAGUGAUUAAUGUCUGCGUCCGUCGGCGGGUUCCAAGGCUCGUGUACACCAGCACAGUCAACGUGACAUUUGGUGGAAAGCCCAUAGAGCAAGGCGAUGAGGACUCUGUCCCAUACUUCCCCCUGGACAAGCACAUGGACCACUACUCUCGGACCAAAGCCAUUGCUGACCAGUUGACUCUCAUGGCCAAUGGGACACCUCUCCUAGGAGGAGGCACCCUCCGCACCUGUGUGCUCCGUCCCCCAGGGAUCUAUGGCCCUGAAGAACAGAGACACCUGCCCCGGGUGGCGAGCCACAUCAAGAAGAGACUGUUCAUGUUCCGGUUUGGGGAUCGCAGGACGCGCAUGAACUGGGUCCAUGUGCAGAAUCUGGUGCAGGCACACAUGCUGGCGGCUGAGGCUCUCACCAUGGCUAAGGGUUACGUGGCUAGUGGGCAGGCGUACUACAUCAAUGAUGGAGACAGCGUCAACCUCUUUGAGUGGAUGGCCCCACUGUUUGAGAAGCUGGGGUAUAGUCAGCCCUGGAUCUGGGUACCAACUUCCUGUGUUUAUCUGACAGCUGUACUGAUGGAGUACCUGCACCUGGCACUGAGGCCCAUCUGCACCGUCCCCCCACUACUCACCCGCAGUGAGGUGCUCAGCGUGGCCGUGACGCACACCUUCCAGAUUGCCAAGGCCCGCGCUCAGCUUGGCUACGCGCCGGACAAGUUCAGCUUCGCCGACGCAGUGGAGCGAUAUGUGCAGACCACGACCCAGCAGCCCCGUGGCUUCACCACGCUGACGCUCCUGCGGCUCCUGCUCCUGCUUCUGGGGCUGCUCGGCCUGCUGGGCCUGACCCUGCACUUCCUAGGGCUGCAGCCUUUGCAGACCGCAGUGCAACGCCUGUGAUCCCGCCUCCGAUCCCCGGCCACGCCCACGUAUGGCUCUCUGAGCUUGUACCUGGCUUUGACCUCCUGAGUUAGGCUCGCCCCUGAGUCCUGGCCACGCCCCCAUUCCUGGCCACGCCCCGGCUCCACCCUCUAGCCUUGUAUUAGUCCUCGUGUUUGGGCUCACUUUCUCUGCUCCGCCCCCCGAGUCUCAGCCACAUUUCCCUACC